AUGAAGCUGUAUCAUCCACUCUUAGCCUCCCUUGGACUUCGCCAGGCUCAGGCCCAUCCUUCGUCCCUUCUCAAUCGCCGCGCAGCUUGCGAUGGAAACACUCCUUCUACUCGAUCAACUUGGUGUGAUUACUCAGUCGACACUGAUUAUUACACCGAGGUGGUUGAUACCGGUGUGACCCGCGAGUAUUGGCUCGAGCUGACAGACGUUACCGUUGCUCCUGAUGGUGUUUCACGCUCAGCAAUGGCUGUCAACGGUACGAUCCCGGGCCCUACGCUCUUUGCAGAUUGGGGUGAUACUGUCACGGUCCAUGUGACCAAUCAUUUGAGCACAUCCCUCAAUGGCACGAGCAUGCACUGGCACGGUAUUCGUCAGAACUUCACCAACCAAUACGAUGGUGUUUCUUCCAUCACCCAAUGCCCUUCAGCAGUUGGGGAAACCGUCACAUACACCUGGAAGGCUACCCAGUAUGGCUCAUCAUGGUACCAUUCUCAUUGGGCUCUUCAGGCCUAUCAGGGUAUCUUUGGUGGUAUCAUCAUCAACGGUCCCGCUACUGCAGACUACGAUGUAGAUCUAGGCAUGGUCUUCUUGAACGAUUGGGAUCAUCAGACUGUGGACGAGUUGUACGAAACAGCCCAGACUGAGGGACCCCCUUCACUCAACAACGGACUUAUCAACGGCACCAACGUGUUUGGCGAAGACGGCAGCUCUUCCCAGACUGGGUCUCGUUUCAAUGUGUCGUUCGAGGCUGGAACAUCGUACCGUAUGAGAUUGGUUGGUGCUGCAAUCGACACGCAUUGGAAGUUUUCUAUCGACAACCACACCAUGACAGUCAUCGCGGCUGACUUAGUACCGGUUGAGCCCUACGAGACAACGGUUUUGGACAUCACCAUGGGUCAACGAUACGAUAUCAUUGUCACCGCUGACCAAGCGGACGUUGCUGAUAAUUUCUGGAUGCGUGCUAUCCCUCAAUCGGCCUGCUCUGAGAACGACUCUACGGAUAACAUCAAGGGCGUUGUCUACUAUGGCGACAGCCCUGGUACACCUUCUACAACAGGCUACGAGUACAUAGACAUCUGCGAGGACGAAACAGACAACCUAGUGCCCUACGUCUCCAAGACAGUCGAUGCGGCCGAUUGGAGUGAUCUUGAGACAGCUUCCGUUGGAAAGAACUCUGCUGGUCUAUUCAAGUGGAUGCUCAACAGCACCAGUAUGCUCAUGGACUGGAGGAACCCGACUCUAGCGCAGGUUAUGAACGGCACGACUGAUUUCGCAUCGGAGAGUGCAGUCAUUGAAUUGAGCGAGCCAAACCAGUGGGUUUACUUUGUUAUCGAAACUGCCCUGGGAGUUCCACACCCUAUUCACCUUCACGGUCACGACUAUUUCAUUCUGGCUCAAGGUACGGGUAGCUACUCGUCCAACGUCACUCUCAACACGAGCAACCCACCUCGCCGCGACACGGCUAUACUGCCUGGAAACGGAUAUCUCGUCAUGGCAUGGGAGACGGACAACCCUGGUACGUGGCUAUGCCAUUGCCACAUCGGCUGGCAUGCUUCUGAGGGCUUUGCUCUACAGUUUGUCGAGCGUGCAAGCGAGAUCCCCGAUAUCACAACGUCGAGCUAUGUUUCCGAUGUUUGCGAUGCUUGGACUGCUUUCCAGGGCGAGUACUCGAUUGAGCAGGAGGAUUCAGGCAUUUAG